GCAGAGGGAGCAAGGGGAGGAGGAACAACGCGAGGAGAGUCGAAAGUCAUCACGUUCGCAGCUUGAGCAGAUCAUUGAGGAAGAGCAGGAUAUCGAAGAAACCGAUAACGAUAACAAUUUCGAUAACCAGACCAAUAUGCCAGAUUUACAAGACUAUACAGCGCGAGAGGAGGAAUCUUCCAGGGCACACGAACCCAAAGAUUUGAAGGAAUUCUACCACAACGACGUCAACGCCAAUGGAGUCGAUGAUGAUGUGGCCAGACUAACCGGACUAGCGCUUGAGAUGGGCUAUGCUCGAAUAAUAGACUACGAUAACUUGCGCAUUAUCGAGCAUGUUAUCGAAAGCGAUGAUGACGACGACGAUAAUGAUAAUGAUGAUGAUGAUGAAGAAGGGAAAGGGAAAGAUAAAAAAGUGGCAGCAACAACGCAACAGGCUGAAUUGCAACAGGCCUGUCAGGAUUUGGUUGCUUUCAUCGAUGAAAGCUACCAGUUAAUCAACAAUAAUACUGUGGUCGACAACAACAACAAUCGGGACAUGGCUGCCAUGCCGGAGCAUGUGAAAGCGGUGCGUGAUGAGAAGGCCGUAAUUAAAAAGCCAGAGGAUCUAAAGCCAACCAACUCAGUUGCAGCAGCAACAUCAACAAGCAGCAGCAGCACCAACAGCAACAGCAGCAGCACCAGCAGCAGCAGUGCCUUGGUCAAGGCAUACCAAUCGAAUCUAACGCCACUGGCGCCACCCUUUCAGCCGGCGGCAUUAAAGGCUCACUUGCAGCCAACGACAUCAUUGGCCACAAAUAGCAUCAACAGCAUCAGCAGCAGCAGCAGCAGCAGUAAUUGCAACAUGCCCCACAACAGGCAGACUCAGGCGACAAGCACUUUGUAUGCCGCAUAUGAGCAGACAACGGUUUACUAUCAGCAGCAUGCGCUGUCCAGCUUACAUCAGCAACAACAACAGCAACAGCAGCAACAGCAGCAACAACAACGGCAACAGUUGUCGCCCAAGCAACAGCAACAGCAGCAGCAGCAGCAACAGCAUUGCAGUCAACACGGUGGCAUACCACACAUUCAUUUGCAAUCCGCAACUGGCGCUCAAUUGCUGCCGGUGCAAUUGGUCACACUAACGCCAACGGCUGCAGCAGCAGCAGCAGCGGCCGGAUCUGCAGCAGGCGCAACAACAGCUGCUGCAGCGACAACAGCAACUGCUGCUGCCUGGCCACUUGUGGAUGCGCCCAUAUUUAUGGAUAUUAACGGUGAGAUUCGUAGCUAUUGUCCAGCUCAUGGACCGCCAGCAGCAGCAGCAGCAGCAGUUGCAGCCGCAGCAGCAGCAGCAGCGGCAGCCGGCGCCACAGGACAACCAUUGUUGUCCUCACAUCAUCAUCAUCAUCAACAGCAACAGCAACAACAGCAGCAGCAGCAGCGCUGA